GGUCAACAUCUGCGCAUGAAAGUCAACUUUGUGUCACGAAAGUCUUGUUUUUCAAAACUUUAACUUGGAGAUGAAAAAUAACGCCAAAUAUGAGGGAAUUUGAACUUCAAAGCUUGAAAUCACUUAGAUCUGUCCCUCUCGUUUGUAUAAAAAUCAUUAGCUCGUCAGGAAAAGCAAGUAAUCUAACAGUAAGUUUACGUGAUACAGUGAAGGCCGUGAAAGAUAAAGCACUAGGGGGAGAAUUUUCGAAGGAAUCUCCGUGCUAUAAACUCAUCCUCGCCAGAUCGAGUAGUGAACUGAUUGACCAGAAAACUCUAGAGGAAGAAAAUGUACAAGAUGAUGACGAAUUAGUACUCAUCAGAAAACGACCUCAUACUAGUGCUGAUAUCGCCGAAAAAGAAUGUAAAACAAGUUCUUACCAAGUGCCUGACCUAAAGGGGGUCAAGAAGCUGACUGCCAAGCUUGUCGCUGGUAAGAUAAAGGAGCCAUCACCCAGCUUGUCACCUCUCACUUUAGAUUUCAAUUCAGAACUCAGGAGAAUACUCAUCUCCUUGAUUGACUCUUCUAUACUUCUUCAAUCUGUGAAUGCUGCUGAUGAAACUGAUAGCUCAGGUCAAGAAGAGGACAAUCAGCCUAAUGUUGAUCCAACUGCACUCAAACAAUUAGUAGAUAUGGGAUUCAAAGACUCAAGAGCUAAAAAGGCUCUGAUAUUGAACAGAAUGUCUCCUAUGCUGGCUAUGGAAUGGCUUCUACAGCAUGAAAAUGAUGCUGACAUAGACGAGCCUCUGACAUUAGGGGCAAGAGCUGGGAAGAGUCGUAGGAAAAGGAAGGAGUUUGUUCCCAAUCCAAGGGCUGUAAACAACUUGAAAGAAAUGGGCUUUCAGGAAGAAGAAAUUCUUGCAGCACUCAAAGCAACUGGGAACAAUCAAGAAGCUGCUUGUGAUUGGUUGCUUGGUGACAGGCAGGGAGGAAUAGGUGAUAUCAAUGAAGGCUUGGACCAGUCUAGUCCAUUGUAUCAGGCCAUUAUGGAGAAUCCUUUAGUCCAGCUUAGUCUUAAUAAUGCUCGAAUUCUAGGAGCAUUUGAAGACAUGCUUGAAAAUCCGUCGACAAGUUCAUUCUACAUUAACGACCCAGAAACUGGGCCAGUCUUACUGCAAGUCUCACGGAUUGUGCAGGGAUUUGCUAGAUGAUACUGAACCAUAUUACUAAAACUGUAAAUAUUUCAUGUAUAACAGUAGUGCAGUCUCAUAACUCUUCUGAAAAGAGCGCUUAUUUGCUGAUCAUGUUAAUAUGGGCUUAGGAAUGAAGAAACCACGAUUGUGAGUUUCACGGGGGCUGCUCGACGAUGAAAGUGGAGCAACUACUCAAGUUACAAAGUUUUUGUAUCUGUUUUCAAUUGGUUUUUUUUAUGUUAAGUGUAAGGUAGCUAAUUUUUGGCGCACAGUGCCCGGAAACUGUGGAGAAUUCCAAAUCACGGGCGACAAAAUUGUGUACAACAGGCAGUUACUGUGAAUAGGUUUCGCUGGUAUAAGGUCCUAUAGUAACUGUAAUACAACAUUAAAUUUUCUACCACAUAGGUUUUAGUACUUUGCUGAUAUUUUUUAUUAAGUGUUGAGUUCUUGAGAUGUUCCAGAAUCCAUUUGAUUUAUAUCGCCUUCAUCACGAAGUACAUCUUACAGUAAUGACAGUGACCGCGUUUUGAGAUUCUAGGGAUCAGCAUUACCUUUGACUGCUCGCGCCCGCCGCUAUUCUCAAGCCAGCUGAGCAACCUGGCUACUAUCAGAUCUAAGUUGAAAAACUAGUUUGUAACAUUUCUUUCUGUGAUAUUCUUGCCGUUUGAACUUCAAAAUUGUCAAUAUCUCGAUCUUUCUUACUAUGUUACUGGAAACUUUGAGAAACGUGCCCCAGGUGGCUGAAUUUUUGGAGUACAUAUAUUCAUUUCAAUUUUUUUCAUUAUAGCGUGGAAUUUUCAGAGCAUUUAUCGUCAAUAUUCGAAGGGCUAGGUUACCUUGUUGAAUCUCAAAACGUGGUGAGCUGUAAUCAGUUUUAAUUUGUACUUGUCAAUGGCAGUGAUUAAAGAAGGAAAGGAAUUUAAGAUGUUAUUUGAUUUUUGGAGCACGUUUCUACUUUGAAAGGAAACUGAUAUUUUUUUGGCGACAGGAAUUUCUAGAGAACGUUGCCAUCAAUUUUUUUUUUUUUAAUUUUCCUUGGUAUAUAACUCACAAUUGAAUAGUGCUUUUCAUGCGCGUUGAUUGGCUUGUUCGGAGGUGAAUAGCGAAUACUAUUCACCUCCGAACAGCCAAUAAGACAAAAUCGCGCGUCAAGGGUUAAAUUUCUGACCAUUUUUCGGUAUAUUGAGAGAAAGAAACUACGUUUUUUGUACCUGUGUGGUAUGAACAAAAGCAAUUAUUCAACAUCAGCGUCGGUGAUAGUGGUGGAUAUUACCCCACUGCAUCUCAGCUCGGUUAAUAUCUACCACUAUUCACCUCCACUUUGGUGAACAAUUUUUAAUUAUGUGCUCCUUUCUAAAAACCGAUUUUGGGACAUUGUAUUGUCUAUUAAAAGUUACUAAGAGUUGUAACAGAGAAUGGUCUGGCUCCAAUCCUCUGAGGCAAAAAAAGAGUGCUCUAUGGCCUUUUUUGGUUUCCUUUUUUUUUUUGUUUUUUUGUUUUUUCAAUAUUUGCAAACCAAGGCAAUUGAUGUUGAAUAUUUUGUUCAAUAUACUAUUUAUAUUUUAUUUUGGUUGAGAUGUUAGACCAUUGGUAUCUGAUCAUAUAGGGUUUCACCCUAAAAUCAACCUUUAGCAGGUGUAACUAGUUAUAAUUUUGGAAUAAUUUCAAUUGAAUAUUUUUAGUAUUUUUUUAGGGAAAUUUUCAAAAGAACAAGAUCUCCAUGCUAUGGAUACUGUAGUGCUUAAGUGCGGAAAAUAAGCGAUAAAAAAAGGGCUCCUUGUACGUCACGAUAGGCAAAUCUAUCGCCAAGCCUAGAUAGAUUGUUAGACAGGAAGUGAAGUAAACAAGAUGGAAUUGAAUUGA